AUGGUUGCCAGCAAGAGCAGUGGCAGCAGCAACACGACGUGGCGGUGCGUGCCGUGCAACGUCAAGAAUGGAGCCAAGUACAAGUACUGCUGGAAGUGCUGGGGUGCACGCCCGACAGCAGCAGCCGCAGGAUCUUCCAGCGCGGCGGCAGGAGAUGCCUCAGAGGACAAAUGCCACGACGAGAAGCUCGCCAAGGUGCAGCACUACCGUGCCAAGCUGGCCGAGCUCAGGAAACUCGCCGAGGACCCGUUCCUGGAGGAAUUACUGCAGCCGCAGGUGGCACAGCUCGAGGACAAGCUCGCCGCCGAGCAGGCAUCAUUGGAGACGGGAGUGCCGCGCUGCUUCGCCGAAUGCAGAGUGGUGCGAGACAGGAACAGGGUCGCGGAGCAGAAGAACAAGUGCCAGCAGAGGAUCGAAGCGCUCCAAGAGCAGAGGGACGCGCUCGACGAGAAGCUUGCCGACGAGAAGAGCAAGCUGGGCAAGUUCGACAGCAAGCUCGAGACCCUGGACAACAAGAUCAAGGAGCUGUCCGUCCCCGCCCCAGGGAAGGGAUGGGCGGCAGCGCUCGCCUUCCUGGAGCAGGCGGAGCGCUGCCUCGGCGACGACGGGAGCGACAAGCGGGAUCAGCUUGUCGCCGCCGUCGCCCACGCCAAGGAGCAGAGGGCACAGGAAGAAGAGCGGGCCAAGCAUCGCGCCGAGCGCCUCCAGCAGAAGGCCAGGGCGGAGCAGUCCCGCGCAGCCAAGGAGCGGGCUGGCAGCGCCGACAACCGCAAGCGCAGCUGCCCCGAUAGCCCCAUCAAGGAGGACCUCCUCGAGAUCCCCGCGGGCGCCAGCGAGCAGGACAUCUGCAAGGCGCUCGCCGACGUGGGGGUCACGCCCGACCAGGCUGGCAAGGUGGUUGCUCCUCUCAAGCUGCUGGUGGGCGAGCUGCAGACUGGCCGCGCCAUCACCAUCAGCAAAACCCAGUGGGAGCUGCAGGCCAGCGGCACGCAGCUCGACCUCAUCCAGGCCCGCGCGCGCAGAGAGGGCUGGGGCAUCGGAGUAGUGAGCAGCGCGAAGACCACAGCUGGUCGCAGCGCUGGAGUUUUGAUAGCGACGCCACGGAGUAGGGGCAUGGACUUCGCGCGCAAGGGGAUCAACCAGUGGGGCUUCAGCCCGCGAGAGUCCAAGGGGAGACUCGCCGUGGCCUGGGCCGACGACUACAGCAAGGAGGGGUUCAUGCUAGGUACCGCGCACCUGUGGAACAGCGAGGGCCUCACGCAGAGAAACCAGCGUAUUCUGGCCAAGUGGGGCGCCGCCAUGAAUGCGAUCCAGAAGGAGUGGAUCCUCGAUGGCGACUUCAACAUGGACCCAGAGCGGCUGGAGCAGCCCGAGAUCGUCCGCAAGAUGAGCGGCGUCAUCGUGCGAGACAUUCAGCAGGGCAGCUGCCUGAAGCAGGAUGGCACGAGGAGCACGCGUGACUACUGCAGCGCCUCGCGCGGCUUGGCUGCACACGCGCUCAAGGUAGAGGUCCAAGGAUACAACAUGUCGCCGCACUUGCCCGUCAGGAUGAGGGUCCCAGUGCACCAGCAGAGCGACUACAUGAUGAACGUGUUGUGCAAGCGGGCGACAUGGCCGACGCGGCCAAUGGGCUGCCCCUCGCAGCCAGUGCGAUGGCCAAGGCCGCUCGCACACAGGAAGUGCACUCUGAGCCAGAUCGACGGUCACUGGAGCGAGCUCGGCGAGGCCUACGAGAAGCACCUCAACAGGUACCACAGCUACGAGGGCGACGACUGGAGCAAGCGACAGGGCCACUUCGAGAAAGCCAACUACAAGCAGAAGCCGCGCAGGCCCAUGCCCUGCAUCGCGGCACAGGAGCAGAUACUCAGCCACGACAUCGUCACGCCACUGUUCGCGGAGCGGGCGCAUGGGCAGACGGUCGAGGCAGGCUACGACACGGACGAGGAGGACGGGCUGCUGGAGUCUGAGGACGCCCCUCGGGAGGAGGCGGAAGGGGCACAGGAUCGCUUCGCGGUCAGAGCGCCUCCCACCGAGGGCCAGCAGGUCCCCAAUACUCGGAAUACUACUCGCUGGCCGCUCAUCGCACACACGUUGCGAGACUGGCGAAUCACAGACAUCGACGAGUGCGCCCAGAACUACCUGGGCCGCAUUGCCACGCUGCUGGACCCCGCCAGCAGGAGGCGCUGGAAGGUGGUGCACGGAGCGGCCGCAGCGCAAUGGCGGCAGCGGGUCACCACGCACGGAGAGCGAGGAGCAGAGGGCGCGGCGGGCAAGACGGUCACCAUGGCCUCGACCACCGCGCUGCACGACGGCCUCGCCAAGAGAGUGCACCCGCUCGGCAUCAGGGCGGCGAGGCACGCCGACCACCUCGGUGCCACCACCGCGGCCGGCAGGAGGAGACGAGUCAGCGCCCUCAGCAAGAGGGCCAGCAAGUACGCAGCAGGGGGACCUGCGCAGGCUUCCAUCAGACAGGGGAAGGUGCCGUCGGCGAUGUACGGGGGCAUGCCCUACUCCACCCUGGCGACCCUGCGGCAGAGCGUGGCGACCUCAGUCAGGGGUAACGCCAUGGGGAGAUCGUCGCCGCUCACGCUGCUCGAGCAGGGCGCCGACCCCGCCAUCCGCGCCAACACGGAGCCACUGGUCAAAUGGGCCAUGGCGUGGCAGGAGGUAGCCAACCAGGACGGCCUCCAGGCGCAGUUCCAGGGUGCCUGGAAGAAGCGGGUAAUGCGUGUGGGGCGAGCCAGAGCCCCACGGCAGAAGGUGCGAGGGCCCGCAGGGCCCUUCAUCGCCACGGUGCAGGGGCUGGGCUGGAAGACGCUCGCGACCCACAGCAUCACCAUCGGCGGCGAGCACUCAGACCUCAGGACGCUGCCGCUCAGACACCUGAGGCAGCGCAUCAGCACGGCAACGGAGAACGGCCUCAUGAGCGACUGGCUGCGCAUACACGGCGAGAAGCACGGCCUGGACAGCAUCGUCGGGGAGCCCGUCGCCGCGCUGCUCAAGAGGCCGCUGAACAAGAAGUGGACCAUGGAGCACCAGACACGGGUGCACAACCUGUGGUGCGGCGGAACCUGGCCGCAGCGGCGGCUCUUCGACAAGGGUGCCGCAGAGGGCAGCAUAGGCAAGGCCUGCCACGAGCACGAAGGGACGGACCGCCACAGGACGUUCGCGUGCUCAGCCAGGCAGGAUCACCGACGACGAGUGGGAGGGCACCACAUAUGCCAGCGCGGUGUCAUGACGUGGCCUGGAGCGACGGAGAAGCAGCGCGCGACCUCCGAGGCGCUCUGGGGCAGAGUGCUCGCAGCGGACCCAGUGCUGGAGCAUGACCUCUGGAGCCUGCCCUCCUCAUCCACAUGCGAGGUGGAGGGCGCGUUCGACGGCCUCAUGCACGGGGACAUCUACACAGACGGCUGGGGCGUCGUGAAGCUCGACAGCGAGCGCAUGAUGGAGUUUGAGCGGUUCGGGCCACUGGAGGGAUCGCAGCACGACCGGGCGAUCUACAAGAGCGAGCUGGCAGCGGCCCUCCAGGCCCUGAGGAGGGCGGCGCCCCCAGUGCGGGUCUACAGCGACCGCCAGUCUGUGAUCGACGGCGACGCCAGAGGCCCCGAGCGGGCCGCCAGAGCUGACACGACCCACAAAGAGGUCGGGCAGGAAUGCUGGCGGCUCGUGCAGGAAAACGGCGGGACAG